CGCCGGCCCUCUUCCUCCCUCUCUGCUGCGCCGCCGGCCCUCUCCCUAGCUUCAGCUCGUGCGCGCCGCGGGCCCCUCCCUUGCUCCAUCUGCUGCACAGCCGACCCUCUCCCUCGCUCCACAUCGGCCCUCUUCCUCCCUCCCUUUCUUGCUGCCUCUCCUGCGCCACCAGCCCUCUCUUCCAUGGAUCUGCGUGGACGGCUUAUUCAUCUCAUCCUCUCUCGAUCUACAGGAUACAAGGGGAAGAAGGCAGGGGUCUAGGUGCUACUCCGGCGCGGCGGCACACCCAUCUCUCUUCAAGCUUGGUCCGCCCAGCAAUUUGUUUGUAGCUCCGCCACUGCUGAGACCCCUACGUUCCCAGCCACGCCUCGCCCACUCGCGCUGUGUGUGCCUCGGAGAUGGCCGGCGCGUCAUUUUUCGAUCGGAUGGUUUCCCAGCUUCGGUCGACAUCCAAGUACUACACUGGAUAUCCUAAGGAUCUAGGGCCAUCAAGAAUCAUACCGUUCACAUCAGAGCGUCAGUUUGUGCAGCUAUUACAUGAAGGACGGCCUGUAGUUGUGGCCUUUACCAUUAAGUGCACUUAUACACAGCAUCUUGACAAAGUACUAGAGGAAGCUGCUGCUACAUUUUAUCCUCAUAUAAAGUUUGUUCGGGUGGAAUGCCCAAAGUAUCCUGGGUUUUGCCUCACGAGGCAAAAGACUGAGUAUCCAUUUCUUGAAGUAUUUUACAACCCAGAACAGGCUGCUAACCCAGGUAAGAUCGUGGAUCCGAGCAUCACGAAAUACUCCGCAAAAGUCCUACCUUUCAACUAUGACCAGAGCGUGUAUGGAUUUCGAGAGUAUUUUAAGAAGUAUGGGUUCAAGUAUUCCGAAGCAAACUAGGUUUGUCAUGGUGAAGCCCUGCAGAGUCAGCCAGUCCAACUCCAACUGGUUUGAAUUUACUUUCAGCCUGUACUAACAGUGAUACUGCAUUCUUAAGAAUCAGCACCCCCUGCAUACUGGGCUGGCUCUGCCUUGGCAAAUGGUUGGAAAAAUGGCCAAGCUGUUAGCUAGGUUUCCAGUAUGCUCAAGAUUGUAGUAGAAUUUCUGGAUGUUGCAUGUUGUUCUUUGUCAAAUCUCUGAACUGCAUUUUCAGACUCGCUAUUAAUAAAAUAUAUUCUGCGGCUCA